CAGAGUGGCUGCUCUCUGACGUACAGAAACAUCUACGUUAGUGCAGCAUUAAUUUGUUUACAGCAACCUGGCCAAUCGGUUUGAUAAUCAAGCAGGGAAACAGGUCAGAGAUUAGGGCUUUUCUCAGCCUCUGCUGUCCUCGGAGCUCAGCCGCUGUUGUCUAGAGGCAGUUUUAAGGACAGUGUGCUGUUUGUGGGAAUGUGCGCUUUACAUGCGGCGAGAGGCCCAGUGUUAACUGAUGCUGUCUAUCACAUGAGCACACACACACACGCUGGAGGAGUGUUAUCGGUCUUCACACCCGUCACUCACUACUCCGGGAUCACCUGCUUGUUCAGAGCGAUGUCAUGCAUAUAAUAAUCAUUACAGAGUCUGAUACAGAAGAGUGAGACUGCGUUUUCCAGACAGCGCUGGAUAUCAUGACUGUCAUUCAGAGUCAUACUUCGAGAGAGAACUGCGCGGUUUACUGCUGAUUGUGUUUGGGACAAGAGCAUACGAGCUCCAUUUUUUGGGGGGAUUUUCUAAAGAAUUAAAGCCUCCAACAUGAGGAUCUUCAGGACUCUGAUGACCGCUGCAUCCGUGGCCAAACAAAUCGACUUCUACUCCAGAUUCUCUCCUUCUCCUCUCUCGAUGAAACAGUUCAUAGACUUCGGUUCAGAGAACGCAUGUGUGAAAACGUCAUUCACGUUCUUGAGACAGGAGCUGCCUGUCAGGCUGGCGAAUAUCAUGAAAGAGAUCGAUUUAUUGCCUGAUAACCUCCUGAGGACCCCUUCAGUGCGUCUGGUGCAGAGCUGGUACAUGCAAAGCUUCCAGGAUAUACUGGAGUUCAAGGACAGGGAUGUCGAUGAUGAAAUGCUCAAACAAGACUUCACAGAUGCUGUGAUCAAGAUCAGGAACCGUCACAAUGAUGUGGUGCCCACCAUGGCUCAAGGGGUGGUGGAAUACAAGGAGACCUACGGGACCGACCCCAUCACCAGCCAGAACAUCCAGUACUUCCUGGACCGGUUCUACAUGAGCAGGAUCUCCAUCAGGAUGCUCCUGAAUCAGCACACUCUUCUGUUUGGGGGAAAGAUACGCGACAAUCCUGCUCAUCCCAAACAGAUCGGCAGCAUUGACCCCAGCUGCUGUGUCACUGAUGUCGUGAAAGAUGCGUAUGAAAAUGCCCGUAACCUUUGUGACCGAUAUUACAUGAACUCACCCGAGUUAGUGCUGGAAGAAUUUAAUGUUAAAGGACCUGAUAAACCCAUGGCUGUGGUAUAUGUGCCGUCUCAUCUGUACCACAUGGUGUUUGAGCUCUUUAAGAAUGCCAUGCGUGCAACCAUGGAGCUUCAUGAAGAUGCCAUGGAGUAUCCCCCGGUGCAUGUGCAGAUCGUCCUGGGCCACGAGGACCUGACCGUGAAGGUCAGUGAUCGCGGAGGCGGAGUCCCGCUGAGGAAGAUUGACAGGUUGUUUACGUACACAUACUCCACUGCACCUCGUCCUCAGAUGGACACGUCUCGAGCCACUCCUCUGGCUGGUUUUGGUUAUGGGCUGCCCAUCUCCAGACUUUACGCCAGAUAUUUCCAAGGAGACCUGAAGCUGUACUCUAUGGAGGGAUACGGCACAGAUGCCGUCAUUUAUAUCAGAGCUUUGUCCACUGAGUCCAUCGAGAGGCUUCCCGUUUACAAUAAAUCAGCCUGGAAACAUUAUAACACCAUCCACGAAGCCGAUGACUGGUGUGUCCCCAGCAAAGAGCCCAAGGACAUGACCACCUUCCGCAGCUUCUAGUCUGAUCUCAAAGCUUGUGUCAUCAAUGUGUUCUUCCAGACUUCAGCCGACCAAAUCAAGCAUCUUACCUUCAUCUGUCCACCCAUCUGUAGAUCAGGAGAAAGGAACAAAACAGGCGCUCAGAGGAAUAUAUAAAAGAGCAUAUAUAAUGUUUCUAGUGUAUUCUAAUGAGAAAGUUGUCAGUGCCAUCACAUCCCCAGAUAGACAAUUUAGGCUGUUGUCCUUCUGCUGUAUUUUGAGUGUGAUCCAGUGGGACCUAUUAAUCUUACAUUUGGAUGUGUAAUCCAGUAUUUAUUUGUCUGUCAUUACGAGACAGACUGAAGUGUUGAUGACUUUUGCUUUAAACUGACAUGUUGUGAUUUGGGAAAUCAAGCUUGUGUGUCACACAGUUGUGGGCUAUAAUAUUUACACCAGCAUAACUGGUGUACACUCCAUGUGCAGUUAAUUUUUCUUUUCUAAAAAGGUAGUGUGAAGAGUUUGAAAGCGUUAAACGCUUGACACCAUUAGAAAAUGUUCAGCUUUAACUAAGUAAUUAACAUUUCAGGCACUUAAAAAAAAAAACGCAUGGACUUGUGAACUGUAUGCUUCUUUUGACUAGUUUGAAACUGUCAGAGUAGUAGUCCUGUUUCAAUAAAGCACUUAGCAGUACAAUAGCAGUGCCCUCUACUGGACACAGACUGUGACUGCAGACUCAGUCAAGGCGCUUUUCUGUACGUGCUUGGACUUCUUUUCGAGUCAUUUCUGCAAUGACAAGUAUUUUUUUUUUCUUCCAGAGUAACCAAAGAUACGCCUCGUUUACGUACAUUUACAGUUCCACGAAGUAUCAAAAUGUAUUUUUAUUUUAUUUUAAAGAGUUUUUCUAUUAUUUGAGGUUUGUGGGGAGUAGAAUGUGUUUUCCAAUGAAGUGACAUUCGAACGUUAGUGUACAGUAGUGGCGGGAGAAAAGAACCUAUUCGAAAUUCUCGAAACAACACGCGGGUGACGCCUGCUGAUCAGAACUAUCUAAAUGCAACAAAAACAUAUGCCAGGCAAAGAUGAAAACCCACAAUCUACUAAAAAUCCUAAUAAAAAAAAAUCAAAUACCAUUAAA